GGGAAUUAAAAGGAAGUGAAGGAAAGAGCAGAUGAGAGGUAAACAUAGAUGACUAACAUAAAGACAAAUAUGAUACAAUGGACUACUAAGUCAAGGUGGACCUAUACUUUCUUAAUACUUAAUGUGUUGUCUUAUUUUGAAGGAGUCUGAAAUGUCGUCACUGUUUCAUGAGGAGUUCAAUGUGCUCAAUGUAAUGUGCUGCACAAGGAAGAGGAAGAUCUGACUGAUUUAAUAGUUGUUGUUUUUAUUAUAUUCUGGUGUGAGAUGUGACCAAAGACAAAGAGCCUCUCUGGUAAGACUUUUGAAGACACAGGCACACCAAAUGACACUUAAAUUAAAGUACAUAUUACACUAAAAAGUAUCAAAAGUAAUUUUAAUUUAAUGAUAAAGUGAACCUUGAACGCCACAUCUCUCGUAACGUUACCAUCGUUACCAUCGCUCCGCUGUCUCCAGCGCAUAUAUAAAGUUGCUAUGGCAACUUCGUGGCGAAAAUCAAAUCAGCAUAAGUAGUCAGUUUAUUUUUUUAUUUCCAAACAUUUGGUAGUUUCUUGGUUGAACUGUUGCAAAUACUGGUGUAAAAACCACAACCAGGAAAUCCUGCUGAAAGCUGCUGAAACAGAGAAGACAUGACUGGUGUUGAGGAUGUUCAACUGGACCUGAGACAAGAAGAUGAAAGUGCUGAUUACAAAUCAGCACUUUCAUCAGUAAUAAUUUUCACGGAUGAAGAGGAAUCAGACAGAAGACAGAUGCAAAACAGCUGGCUGAAGAGACUGCGAUCUAACUGGCAAGCUGUUUUGAUUGUGAUUUUGGUGGUGCUUUUUUGUAGUGUGACCGCUGUCCACAUUGUUCAGAUGUAUGAACUGCAAAGACUGAAAGCGGAAUCACAGCUUAUGGAAAAGACCACCACGCUGCUGCAAAUUCAAAACAAUCACCGGCUUUCAAUCCUGUCCUCCGACAAAAUGGACUUCGUCUGGAAAUUCUGCAACGAGACCACACUGCAGUGUGCACGCUGCGAGCCUGGCUGGGUCCUGUACGAUUCACGUUGCUUCUUUUUGUCCCCGGAAACAGAUACAUGGGAAAGAGCUCGCAGCAAGUGUAUUGCAAUGGGUGGUGACCUGGCUGUUGUUUUCAAUGCCGAAGACCAGGAAUUCCUUACCAACUUGACUUUUGACUUCCACCAGCAGCACCCUAAUGGAAGCUACCUUGCAGCGUGGAUCGGGUUGCAGGACAUUGUGCAGGAGGGCAACUACCAGUGGGUUGAUGGCCGAAGCAUCGACAAAGAUGUCUUUUACUGGAUGCCCCAGGAGCCAAACAACGUCAUUCCCGCCUGGGACAAAGUCCAGGAAGGACAGGACUGUAUUGCCAUUGUCGCGCCGACGCACAGAGGACAGACACAUUGGUUAUACACCUGGGAUGACAUUGUUUGUGUUGGCAGCAGGUACUCCAUUUGUGAGACCAUGGCUUUCACUUAGUCCUGAUUUACAGACCUGUGAUGUAGCUGCAUGUUGUUGGUUAAGAUGUGGAAGAUAAAGCAAUAUGGCACUCUCUCUCUCAAGCUGAAUUCACUGGUGUUUACUUCAGAAUUUAUUUUUUGCAUGCUUCUCAAAUGUGGACAUUUGAUGUUUUUUUGUCUUAUAGACAGAUAAUGUAUAAUCUAUAUGCAGAUAGUAGAAUAGCUUUGGAUUUUGUCCUUAGUUGAACAAAAGCAAACAUUUUGAAAAUGUCAUUUUGGGCUUUGGGAAUUGGGAAAGUAUUUUUCACUAUUUGACCAAAAUGAUUAUCAAUCAAUCAAUCAAGAAAUUGGCAGAUUAAUCAAUAAUG